AUGGCCCCGAGGCGUAAGCAGGCGAAAAGCACGCAAGCCAAGCAGCAGCCAUCGUCGUCGUCUGCAUCCUCAUCACGGCCUCCAACUCACCUCGACUCCUCUAGCAGUGCGCAUACAUCCCAUCAAUCAGCCCCAUUAGCCUCCGACUCCCUCUCCUCCUCACCACCGCUGGCUGCAGAAUCUCCUUUGACCUCGGGAACACCAUCUACUGCUCCUUUGGCUUACUCGCGCGAUCCUUCGCCUGCCGAACUCCAGUCGCUCGACUCGGACGUGCAAGCUGCUCUUCAAGCGCACGCAAACGCAAGCUCGAGCAUCAUGAAGCAAGACGCUCACGUCAACGAGCAAGGCCAGCAAGGCUCGGAUGCGGAAGCUGCAGCUGGUCUGGGAGCAUUAGCUGGUCUGGCCGCCGCAGCAGCAGCCGGCGAUUCGAUGCCGCCAUCCGCGGGCGAUAGUCCGGCAAAAGCAUCUGCUGGUAGCAGCAGCGUGGACACUUCUUCUCCCGCCAAGGCGCACCCCAAUGCGUACGCCUUUAGUGACGAUAGCGACUUGACGGAUGAGCCGGACGAGGACAAUGACCAGGAAGUAUCCAAUGAUGGUUCUGCUUCCGGGUCUAGUGACGAAGAUGAUGUGGAACAAGGCGAUGGAGAAGGUCAGGACGAGGAUGAAGAGGAAGGCGAGGAUGAUGGGGAUGACGAUGCGCAAGCAUCUUCCCGUCUCAGGAGCUCCAAGGGAGACCAUCCCCUCCACACUCAAAUCAGGCCGUCUUCUAGAGAAGGCAGCGAUCUGUCCGAUGAGAAUGAUAGCGGAGAGGAAGACUCUGAAGCCGAGGGCGAUGGGAUGGAUGUGGAUGCAGAGGACGCAGAAAGGAGCGCGGACGAUGCUGAUGAAGAAGCAGCGGCAAGCCUCGCUGCGCUGACUUCUGGUGGAACACGGUCAGCGACCGAAGCCCACGAAGCGGAUGCUCUGGAUGGCCUGGCAGCCAUUGCUGCUGCUGCCGAUGCUGACAGCGAAAAUGCGACCGUGGGUACCUCAGGACGAGGCGUCACCGGUGAAAACGCUGCCGCAGCAGCGCUCGCGGCAGCCGCUGCAGCGCGAGGAUCUAUGCGUCUAGGAAGAGGAGCGCUGCCGAGGCAACAUGGUCCGCGCAAGAGAGCCAGUCGCGCGAACGAGGUCAGAUUGGACGACUCUGACGAGCAAGACGAAGAGUCUAGCGGAGAAGGCGCAGAGGCGGAAGAGGGCGUGGGCGAAGGUGACGCUGAGGUGGAUGCCGACCUCGACAAUGACACUCAAGACUCAUCCGCCGCCGCUAAGCCUGGAGCUGCUGCAUCCCCCGCCGCGAAAAUGCCGGCAGGACCUACCAAACCUGGUCUUCUCUCUGGCGCGCCCCUCAUCACGGUUGAAGGUGCAGGCGAAGGCGAAGCAGACGACGAUGAAAAGGGCAUUCAGAGCGCCAUGACGAGUCGAGAAGGUACCCCCAUGCCUCUGCCCAUGCAUCUCAAGAACCGGCUCGCUAGGGACGGCGCGGACGCUGAUGGCACUCCUGCCCCUGCUAGCGAAGCUGACGAUGGGGCUGCUGAUGAUGGUGAGUUCCCCUUGCAUCUUUGAUGCGCAUUUGAUGAGGCAAGCGUGGCUCAGCAGUCUGUAUGCCCGCAGACACAGGCACAGACGAAGCUGCUCUCAAGAGGCAAGAGGCCAUGGAGGCUUUGACCAAGAUAGAAAUCAGCUUCGCGGCUCUGCGCGAUCGCCUGUACGUCGAGCGCAUGGAGGAGGUGAACAAGGAAAGCGAGAUGAUCCUCGAUGGUGAGUGACCCGCACGCAAUGCCUAUCGAGGCCAUCAGGCCAAGGCACGAGCGCUGACUCUGACGCUUUUGUCUGCUAGGCACUCAUCCCGAGCUUGUGCAUCUCACCAGGCUAAUUGAUGCCAGGAAGGAGAGACGUCUGAACCUCGUCGAGCUCUGGUUCGAGCAACAACAAGCGCAGUACGAACGAGUCGCCAAGACGGAAGAGGCAAUGACAUGGAGCAAUUGGCGCGUGAGUGUCGAGCGAAGGAUAUGCAAGCGAGUGACACGCAGCUGAGGGUGUUCUGUCUCCCUUUUGGCUCAGAAUGAGACUGCGGAUCUGCGAAGGGAACAGAUGGAUGAUCUGAGUCGCAAGCGACGCAAAUUGGAACGCGAGAAGAGAAAUCUCGACGUGCCGCGCCCACCUCGCCGUUAUCAGCUUUUUCAGACGGAGCUAAUCCGCAAUCCAGAGUGGCAGAUCCAGCUUGCGCUUCAACAGUCGGAAGUCGAGUCGAGCAAACGAAAUGGUGCAGUCAGUGGAUCGAGAGGUGAAAAACGACACGCCAGCAUGCUUCAAGAUGAAUGGGCAGACUCGAGGGCUUUUGUCGCCUUUCCUGAUCUUCGCGGAUUGGGCGACCAAGAUGCCUGGCAGGAUAUGGAGCACAUGGGAGUGAGUUUCAAGGUUGUCAUGUUCAGGCGCGAAUCGUCUCCGCUUGAAGCGAGCUGACCUGAUCACUUUCGUUUGCGGCAGAUACGUCCAGAAUUCAGGAUGAAUGUGGGCAGCGUUGCUGGCUAUCGGCCUGAAGAGGAGGCCCUGUACGAGGCAAAUGGCGCACCAAUCGCCGGCUCCUCCCUAGGCGUUGAAGGCCUGGCUCCCUACGCUCGGGCAGGGCCUUAUGAAAGAACAGCAUACGAAGCAGUCCAAGCUCAAGCGAAUCCAUAUUCCAGGCACGCAGCACCGCAUCAAGCUUACGCCGAGCAACGCCCAUUGGGAUUCGCAGAGAGCACGCAUCACGGUCCAGGUAGCAAUGGUCACGCACAUUCAAGCAUCUCCAAUGGACGUGGUCCGCAUGACACAACACCAGCUAGACCGAACAAUGGUCCUCGCGUGCCGCUCGCUGGCUCGACAAGCGGCGUGCCCGGUACCGGUCAGUCGGGAACAGCGCAAGGACAGACGGCGGCCAGACCUUCGGGACCCAAAUCGAGCACUAAUGGACCAGCAUCGUACCUCUCCCGACCUUCGGACGGCGCCCCAGCUUUUGGUCUUCGGUGA